AGCAUAACCAAAUCACAACAAUUAGAGGUCAAGCUAUGGAUAAUAAACUGUCAAGCAAUGUCGUCAUUGGCAUCCCGAUGAUAUCAACAAGGGGGCUACUUCUGUCUAAACCUUAUCAACCCAUUUGCGCUGUUUCUACUACUUCCAAAACUAAUGUUAAGUUAGGACCCAAACUGUUACAAAUUGUGAAGCACAAGUUGAGUUAUGGUGUCAAAAUCCUACCCAUCGGCCGUGAAGGAAGAAUCUUCAGUAAAAAUUUCAAUACCACUCCCUGUGAGAAGUUGUUACAUGCUUCUCGAUGCUACAUAUACACUACAGCUGGUCCAAUCGCUGGAACCCUCUUCAUUUCCACUGAAAGGGUAGGAUUUUGCAGUGAUAGGGCCAUUAAAACGUAUUCUGUGACAUUGGAAGUAUUCAAAUUCCAAUAUAAGGUGUCAAUACCAUUGGGAAAGAUAAAAGGAGCAGGGGAGAAUAUGAACACAGAGAAGCCAUCAAAUAAGUAUGUGGAGCUUGUGACGGUGGAUAAUUUCAACUUUUGGUUUUUGGGUUUUCCAAGUUAUAAAAAAACUUUGAGUUAUCUUCGUCAGUCAAUCAGUAGCAAUUGAUAGAGGAGUACAUAUAUAGAACAUUAGGUCUCAAUUCCAUGUAAACAUAACAACAUUAUGUUGUUUGGAUUCUUUUUCUUAAAGGAAGGAGAUGUGUAUAUAUAUUUGUUUAUAGAUGCGGCACAUAGACAACAAUUCAUUUUGCAUUGUUCGUCUACUUGGAUUUCCUCUAAAUAAAAAUGCAAGAAUCAUUUCUUAUCA